UUUUAUAAAUAUAAAUAUAUAAUCAACAAAAUUCAUUCACGCAGACGAGCUCAAAUUUAGCUUUCGGAAUAAGCGACUGGGUUUAGGGUUCCGUCGUCUCUGCUCCGACUAUGGCUGAUUCUCCGAGAAAACGGUAUGUACGCUCUCCUUCUCCAUGGGAAGAAAAUUCGAGAUCCAGGUCAAGAUCUAGGUCCAAAUCCAGAUCUCGUUCUAGAUCAUGGUCAAGACCAAGGGAGAGAUCUAGAUCAAGGUCUAGGUCAAGAGGUCGUGGCACUGGCAGGGAAGAAGUUGUUAAUGAUGGAACUACACUUUAUGUUACUGGCCUAUCUACACGGGUCACUGAGAAAGAACUUGAAGAUCAUUUCUCAAAGGAAGGAAAGGUUAAGUCCGUCUUUUUGGUUGUGGAGCCUCGAUCUCGUGUAUCUCGUGGAUUUGCUUUUGUCAAUAUGGUCACUUCAGAUGAUGCUAAUCGCUGUAUCAAACACCUCAAUCAGUCAGUGCUUGAAGGCCGGUACAUAACUGUAGAGAGGUCACGGCGGAAACGUGCAAGGACUCCCACUCCUGGUCAUUAUCUUGGUCUGAAAAGUUCACGGGGUGAUGGUUAUGGUGAUCGUGGAAGGUAUCGUGGAGGAUCCAGCCGCGAAGAUUAUGGCUACAGGAGGUCUCCUAGACGCUCGCCAUACAGAGGUGGACGUGAUUACUCUCCCAGAGGUGGACGUGAUUACUCACCCAGACAUUCUCCUUAUGGUGGAAGUGGAAGAUCAAGAAGGGAAAGGUCCAGGUCAUACUCUCCUCCCCGACACAGUCCUGAAAGGAACUAUGCACGUGGUUCUAGGUGAAAUAUGGCUUCACUGUUGCAGUUGUUUUACAAAAUGUAGAACUAUCCUUGAGACUUGUUUGAAUCAUAUAUUGAUGCAACUAUUGUCUGUUCACUGUUACGUUAAGUGUGAUCAACUUGUUGUACUUUAGAUGCCCCCUUAAUAUGUGCAAGCAUUGCUGUUAUGAGUGGAUUAUCA